CAAGUGCUGUGUUCCCACAGUCGUAUAUAUAUACACCCAGUGUAGCCCAUGAUCUAUCUUCCAGUUCUAUUUCAGUUUGGUCUUUCUCCAGUAGUAAUGAGGUGUAUUGUAGCGGUGUUGCUGCUGGUGGCUGUGGCAUGCAGCAGAGCUGAUGAUGAUAAGAUCAUCGGUGGGUACGAGUGUCGACCUCACUCUCAGCCCUGGCAGAUUUAUCUAACCUACGAUGAUGGUGAGCGCUGGUGUGGUGCUUCUUUGAUCAAUGAGAGAUGGGCAGUGUCGGCAGCGCACUGUUACGUCCCGGCCCAUCGUCUCGCUCUGCACCUGGGAGAGCACCACAUCUUCGAAGACGAGGGCACAGAGCAGAGGAUCUGGGCAGAGAAGGUCAUACCCUAUCCCGCCUACGACGAUUACACCUACGACCACGACUUCAUGCUGAUCAAGCUGAGCCAGCCUGCUGUUUUCAAUCAGUACGUGCAGCCGAUUCCACUGGCCACCACAUGUGCAAGAGAUGGGGAGCAGUGCUUGGUGUCUGGAUGGGGUAAUCAGAUCACCACUGGAGUGAACUAUGCGUCUGUACUGCAGUGCCUGGAUUUACCCGUGGUCUCACGCUCAGACUGUGAAGCUGCUUAUCCAAACCAGAUCACUAAGAACAUGUUCUGCGCUGGAUUCCUGGAGGGAGGCAAAGAUUCAUGCCAGGGAGACUCCGGUGGUCCUCUGGUGUGUAACGGGCAGCUGCAGGGCGUCGUGUCCUGGGGGUAUUACUGUGCUGCUCCUGGUUAUCCUGGUGUUUAUGCUGAAGUCUGUCGCUACACUGACUGGAUCAAAAACACCAUUGCCAACAAUUAAGAGGGAAAAAAUUGUCUUGAAGACAAACAGCAAAUCUUUCAGUAUGUGUACAAUAUCUUCUUCAGUUUGGACCUCAAAUAAAUGUAUAUAAUGAAGCAAAACAA